AAUGAAAGCAAGAGGGAUGGGGGAAGGGGAACUGGGGGAGGAAUUCAUUUCUUUUAAAAAAGGGCUUAUCAGUUCGCAGUGGAAAAGGUGAGGGGGAAGGUAGAGAAAGAGCGUGACGGUCUCUGACUGAUACCAACAUUCUGAAAUCGGGCAAAGGUGUUUCACAAAUGACAAACGAAGCUGGGCCUGGUCUUGAAGGGGAAGAAACAAUAGAUAAGCAAGAGCUGCACAUCAAAGGUAAGACACACACAACAGAAGAGAAUGUAGAUAAGAAAGAGAAGUUAGAGAUGGAAGUAGACAUUAAGAACAAAUCUGUGCGGAAGGAUGGGGAGUGCAAAGAAAAGUCAGAAAAAAAGGAGAAGAAACACAAGAAGAAGGAUGAAGAGCACGAUGUCAAAGACAAGAAAGCAGGACAGUUGGAAGGAGAGAAAAAAGAGGUAAAAGUUAAGAGUAAGAGUGGGGAGUGUAAGGAGAAAGUUAAGAAGGAGGAAGAAGGUGAACUGGAAAAAAGAGAGAAAAAACACAAAGAUAAGAAAAAAGAUGGUGAACAUGAAGGAGACGAGAAAAAGGAGAAAAAGAAGAAAAAGAAGGUAACGGAGGAACAUGAUGGAGCGGAAGGCAAUGAAAAUCAAGAAGAGGCAAAGGCAAAGGAAGAGGAGAAAGAUAGGAAAAAGUACAAGAACGGAGAGUCUGAAGGAGGAGAAAAGGAGGAGAAAAAGAGAAGUAAGAAGAAAACAGUUGAAGGCAAUGGAGCAGAACACAAUAAAAUCCUGGAUGAGCAUAAGGUGAAGAAACAGGAGAAAGCAAAGAAGGAUAAAGAGUCAAAGUACAAGGAAGUCAUGCAUGCAGGAAGCACAAGGGAAGUGCAGGAGAAUGACACAGGUGAAGAAAAGGAAGCGAAGGUGGAAGAAGAAAAUGAGAAAAAGGCAGACGGAGGUACUGAACUGAAGGAAAACAGAGAUGAGAAAGACGAACCGAGAAAGGAAAAACUUAAGAGGAAGAAGGUAAAACAUGGAAGCUCAAAGGAAAGCCACCAGGAAGGGAAGGAACAUAUGAAGAAAGAAAAAGAGGAAGAAGUGCAAGAAAGUCAGGGGAAGGAAACUGAGAAGGAAGUACUGGAGGACAAGCAGAAGAAAAAGGAGAAAGAUAAGAAAAUGAAGAACAAGGGAUCAAAAGAGAAAGACAAGAAAAAAAAGGCUGGUGACGCUGCUGAGGAUGGUGGGAAAGACAAGGGAGAAGAAAAGACACAUGGAAGUGGCCAAAGUGUGGAAAAGCAAGGGGUACAUGCAACUGAAGACGAGAAAAAUGAAAAAGAAAGGAAACUUGAGAAGAGGAAGUCUGUCAGAAAAGAGAAGACAAAUGAUGUUGGUAACUUGAGAAAGAAACUAGAAAGAAUUGACAUCAAGAUCGAAUCUUUGCUAUCAAAGAAAACUGAGAUAUUGAAGAUGAUUAAGGAGCUGGAGGAUAAGAAUGUGACUGAAAAUUCAAAAAAUGAAAGCAAACCCCAUAUAAUAGAAUCCAAGGAUGAGAAUCUCAGUGAACCAAAAGCAGUUGAUGAGCCCGUCAAGGUGGAGAUAGUGGAAAAAGCAACUGCAUAGCAAUGGAAAAUUCUGCGCUGUUUUGAUGAGAAGAGUGUUUUUUUCUGAGUUGUAUACAUAUAUUGAUGCAAAAGGUUGCCACUUUUGCUAAACGGCACCACUUUGGACAUGCUUUCAGGUGUUGUACAUGCAUCUUAAUAAAUCUUUUUGUUUUCGCUU